GCACAGAGAGCGCCCAACCGGAGCCGGGACAACCUCCCCAGGUGCUGGAGGAGAAGCCGGAGAACAAGCAGGAGGAGCAGAGAGCCAGGAGGGGGGAAGGGGAUGGCGUGAAGAAGGCCGACGCAACCGCCAGCGAGCCGGUGGCCCGGGCCAAGGAGAAGACCCAUAAAUGCCCGGAAUGUUGCAAGACCUUCUGCUGGAGAAACAGCAUGAGGCGCCACCAACGCAGUCACACGGGAGAGCGACCUUACAAGUGCCCGGAGUGCGAGAAGACCUUCAACGACUUCGCCAACCUCGUCCUCCACCACAGGAUCCACAAGGGAGAGAGACCCUACGAGUGCCCCGAGUGCGGGGAGUGCUUCAUCCAGAACUCGAGCCUUUCCAGGCAUCGCCUGACCCACACGGGAGAAAAACCUUUCUCCUGCUCCGAUUGCGGGAAAUCCUUCGCUCUGAAGCAAAAACUCAUCGUCCACCAGCGGAUCCACACCGGGGAGAGGCCGUACAGCUGCCCGGAAUGCCAGAAAACCUUUCGGACCAGCUCCCACUUCACCACGCACCUGCAGAUCCACGCGCGGAAGACGUCCCGCGCGUGCCCGGUCUGUGGGAAGUGGUUCCGCGUGGGCGCCGAGUGUCUGCUCCAUCAGAAGACCCACGCGGAGGAGGUGCCG